GUAAAAAAAUCCAACGUUAUCUAUGUAUAUACAAUUUUUUUAUCUUAAUUUACGAUAAAAUUAAGAAUUAAUAUUAAAUUAUUCAAAUUUCUUAAUCUAAUUAAACUUAAUAGAUUAUAUUAAAUAUUUCAUUAUUUUUAUACACAUUUUAGGGUACGAAAAUAAGUUAAGAUUUUGAACAUUUCUGCCUGUGUACAAUUUUAUUCAAUUAUAAAACAAGAAAAAAUGGAAGUUGAUGAAAAUAAAAGUAGUAACGUAGUAGAUAAUGCAGAAUUGUGUUCCGAAAGAGCAACAGAACAUGUUGAUGAAAAUGGUGUAAAACUUAUUGUGUAUGAAGAAUGUCAUGAAGACAUUGAUGAAAAUGCUGAGGAACUUGAUUUAAAUCAUCAGCAAAUUGAUAAAAUUGAAAAUUUUGAAAGAAUGAGUAAUUUACGUUUGUUAUGUUUGCGUUGGAAUAGAAUUAAAACAAUAGAAAAUUUACAAAUGCUUGUUACACUUAAUGAACUUGAUUUAUAUGAUAAUCAAAUCACUAAAAUUGAAAAUUUAUCAAAUCUUACUAAUUUGAAAAUAUUAGACUUGUCUUUUAAUCGUAUAAAGAUUAUUGAAGGUCUUAAAGAGUUAGUCAACUUAGAAAAAUUAUAUCUAUCAAGUAAUCGAAUAACAAAAAUAGAAAAUAUUAAUCAUUUAUCCAAAUUAAAAUUAUUGGAAUUGGGUGAUAAUAAAAUUAAAGUUAUAGAAAAUAUAAAUAAUUUGACAAACUUGACAGAAUUAUAUUUUGGUAAAAAUAAAAUUGAUAAAAUUCAAAAUAUGGAUACUUUAAAAAACUUGAAAAUAUUAAGUUUACAAAAUAAUAGUUUAAUAAAAGUUGAAAAACUUGAUCAAUUAGAAAGUCUUGAAGAAUUAUAUUUAUCAGAAAAUGGAAUCACCGUCAUUGAAAACCUUAACAAAAAUCUAAAACUCAAUACUCUGGAUUUAUCAAUGAACAAGAUUGUAAUAAUAGAAAAUGUUACACAAUUGGAAAAUUUAACUGAAUUUUGGUUAAAUGAUAAUCAAAUAAACAAUUGGAGUUGUAUUGAAAUUUUGGGGAAAAUGAAUAAAUUAGAAACUAUUUAUUUGGAACAUAAUCCUAUUAGCAAAGACAGUGCUUACCGGAGAAAAAUCAAGCUAAUUAUUCCUUGGAUAAAUCAAAUUGAUGCUACACUAGCAAAAUAAAUGUUCAACAAAAUUUUUACUGAUUAUUAACUAACUAGAAUUUUAAUGUGAAACUUUAAAAAUAUUUGUUUUUUUUUAACUAAAAAAUUAGGAUAUAAGAUAUAAUUUUAAAUCAUGUCACAUUAUUUUUUAAUAAUAAAAUAAUACAUAAUUAAAA